GGUGGGACAAUGAACUUCAACUUUGGGCCUGAUAGAGCGGAUAAUGCUCUGCCAGCACCUCGUCGCCAGCUCGAACCUUUCUCCAUGGUGCCUUUUGCGCCAGAUCCAGACUAUGUUGACAGGCCCGAUAUUCUCGCAUGGGUACGCGACAAGUGCGCGGGAAACGGAGCGCAAGCAGCGCUGAUGGGUCUUGGCAGAGUAGGCAAAUCGCAGAUCGCGAUACAAUACACCCAUAGCAUCCGCAAUACGAGCCCGCAGACAUUUGUUUUUUGGGUGCAUGCUAAUACCCCCGCCUGGUUCGAGGAAGCGUAUAAAGAUAUCGCAGACCGGUUACAGCUGCCGGGCAGGGACGACCCCAAAGUGAACAAACUGGUUAGAGACUGGUUGCGGGAUGAGACAAAUGGGCAAUGGUUCAUGGUCUUGGACAAUGUUGACGAUGUAGAGGCUUUUUUCCCAUCCCUGAAAUGCAAGCGGCGUAAGAAAGACACUGACACCCGUGCUUCUCUAACCACCUACCUCCCUCCGAGUCGCAAUGGAACAACACUGGUCACGUCGCGGAGCAAAGAUGCAGUUUACGGCUUAGUGGGUGAUCACAACAAGAUGUGCGAAGUGCUUGCUAUUAGCAAAGAUGAGGGCCUCCAGCUGCUGCGCAACAAACUAUGCAAUCCACGCCUUGAAGAGAGCGCUCUAGAACUAUUAGACGCACUCAACUGUAUACCUCUUGCCAUCAUCCAGGCGGCUACAUACAUGAAUCGAUGUGCAAACAUGACAGUGGCACGCUAUCUACACGAUUUUCAGAAAAACGACAAGAAACGAGAGUAUGUAGUCGAGUUGCGUCGAGAUGAGAGUGCCUCAAGCUCGAUAUUGACUACCUGGCAGAUGUCGUUCGACCAGAUCCGCUACGAACGGCCAUCGGCAGCUGACCUAUUGUCGCUCAUGAGCUACUUCAGCCCACAAGGAAUACCAGAGUGGAUAUUGUGGCGAUUCAGAAAGUACACAGUAAGGGUAACUGUCGCAGAAGAUGAUGAUGAUGAUGAUGAUGAUUGCGGGUUUGGCGAGGACCUGGCUACUUUACAAGCAUACUCCUUGGUAACAACGACCGCAAACAAUACAUGCGAGAUGCACGCUCUAAUGCAAUUCAGCACGCGAGCAUGGCUGUCAUCCUAUGGUGAUGCAGAGCGAUGGGAAGGAGAAUUUGUAAAGCUGAUGGAGAAAGAUUUCCCAGCUGGGUCGUAUGAAGACUGGGAAAAGUGGCAGCAGUUGUUUCCGCACGUGGAACCACUUUUUCACAACACACCAGCUACUCGAGAGAUAUUACCGUCAUGGGCCCAGGUGCUGAGAAAUGCAGCGUUUUAUCUAUAUCAAAAAGAGGACUGUACUACUGCAGCACAGAUUACAGCAAAGACACUAGCUGUUGAGGAGAAGAUUUUGGGUCCCAGUGACAGGGAAACUCUGUAUACAAUGACACAGUUAGCGCUAAUUUUUCGGUGUCAAGAUAGGCACGAAGAGGCAAUAAAACUCAACCGGCAAGCACUGGAAGCGAGCAUGAAGGCGCUAGGAGAGAACCACCCCAGUACGUUGGAGCAAAUGGCAAAUUUGGCAUCAUCGUUGUGUUCUCAAGACAAGUACGAUAAGGCCGAAAAUCUUUAUCAGAAAGCUCUAGAGGGGUAUAAGAAAGAGCUAGGAGAGAAGCAUCACUCAAUGCUGUCAACUAUAAGAGACCUAGCUUUAUUAAUGUCUCGUCAGAACAGGUACAGCGAGGUAGAAAAGCUCUAUCAAGAAGUUCUAGAGGAGUAUAAGAAAAAGCUAGGGGAGAAGCAUUACUUAACGCUGCGUAUUAUGAGUGAUAUGCCACAAAUUCUAUAUGCUCAAGGUAGGUAUGGGGAAUCAGAGAAGUUAUGUCGGCAAGUAUUAGGAAUAUCUACCGGGAGCGCCAUCCCCAUACACUGAUGCGUACCUACCAUCUCGCCCAAGCUUUGCACGGACUUCAUCGAUACGUGGAAGCAGCGAAGCUAUACCGACAAGCAUACAAUGGACUGGCAGAGCAAUAUGGAUCUCAGCAUCCACAUACGGUUCGA